GCGGUCACACUACGCCGGUUUCGAAUUGUUUAACAAGGUUUUGUGUAAAGCUUUUUCCACUACUAAGUAACCACCGCUUUUCGCACCCACAACACAACUCGGCAGAAUGAUCAAGAAUGCAGUUUCCUUGGUGACCGGAGGAGCCUCUGGACUGGGUCGUGCCACUGCCGAACGCCUGGCCAAGCAGGGAGCUAGUGUGGUUCUCGCUGAUCUGCCAUCUUCCAAGGGCAACGAAGUUGCCAAGGAACUAGGCGACAAGGUCGUCUUUGUUCCUGUAGAUGUCACCUCCGAGAAGGAUGUGAGUGCCGCCUUGCAGAUCGCCAAGGAAAAGUUUGGUCGGCUCGAUCUGACGGUCAACUGUGCUGGCACGGCGACGGCAGUGAAAACGUUUAACUUUAACAAGAACGUGGCCCACAAACUGGAGGACUUCCAGAGGGUGAUCAACAUUAAUACUGUGGGAACAUUCAAUGUUAUCCGUUUGUCGGCUGGCCUGAUGGGUGCUAAUGAACCGAAUCAGGAUGGACAACGUGGCGUGAUCGUAAACACCGCUUCGGUAGCGGCCUUCGAUGGCCAGAUCGGUCAGGCUGCUUACUCUGCCUCCAAGGCGGCGGUGGUGGGCAUGACUCUGCCUAUUGCCCGUGACCUGAGCACCCAGGGCAUCCGGAUCUGUACAAUUGCCCCUGGUUUGUUCAACACCCCCAUGCUGGCUGCCCUGCCGGAAAAAGUGCGCACCUUCUUGGCCAAGUCCAUCCCAUUCCCACAGCGUCUGGGCGAGCCCAGUGAGUACGCCCAUCUGGUGCAGGCCAUCUUUGAGAACCCACUUCUCAACGGCGAGGUUAUCCGCAUCGAUGGUGCCCUCCGCAUGAUGCCUUAAAUCUGGAUACCAUGGAUCCAGAACAUCCCGAAAUGGCUCGAUCAGUUUGCAUUUAUCUAUUGUCUAGUGAUUAAGCUAAAAAGUUUUAUUAUCUGUCCCGAAAUUAUGUAAUAAUUGCUAUUAAACACACUUUCUCACAUUUUUAA